CCCUCUUGCUGAGUAAAUAACAGCCAAGAAACGCGAAAAUCGCCCACUUCUUUAUUCUUUUUCGUAUUUUUUACCGUUAUCAUGUGGUUUUUUAAGCGUUCCUCCACCUCUAACAGCGAAAGCUCCAACAACAACUCCUUCACCAGUCGUGUUUUCAACACUUUCCAAAAUUUGACUUUGCCUUCAUGGCUCUCUGCGUCUGUGCCUUUGCCUCAUCAGGUGGUCGAACAAGCCAAGAAUAUUCAAGUCGUCCUCCGUUAUUGUAAUCCCCAUGGAGACAAUCCCGAUGCUCGUGCUGCUUUGAAGGCCAACCCCUACUACCCUGAACAGGAAGUCCUGUUCGGCGCCGAUGAAGAACGUUUUGGCUUUGAUCGUGUUUUCGAUCCCACGUCUUCUCAAGAGUCCGUUUUCCGUCACGUAGCCGAACCCAUGAUUGAACAAAUCGUGAAGGGUUACAACUGUUCCGUGAUCGCCUGCGGACAACCCGGUACUGGAAAAUCCUAUUCCCUUCAGGGAAAUAUGCAAGAACUUUCCACCUGUCCUGCCGAAGCGGGCAUGAUCCCUCGAGCCCUGUACUGGCUCUUUGAAUAUUUGCGCAUCUUCCAUCGUGAUGCCGAUGUCAAAAUUUCCCUUGUUGAGCUGUGCAACAAUGGUCUCUACGAUUUGCUCACCGCUCAUAACUCCAAUUUAGAGAUUCAUGAAGAUCCAACCACUUCCGAUGUGACAGUCCUGGGAUGCCACGAACCCUUAAUUCGCUCUGCCGAGGAAGGUCUCCGAAUUCUUCGUCACGGCAUGGCUCAACGCACUGUUGCGGGCACACGCUGGCAUGAAUUUUCAAACCGUGGUCACUGCUUUUUUACUAUCAAACUGUUUAUUCAAGACACCGUCGACGACAAGACGGUUGUUCGAAGCGGCAAAUUGACCUUUGUGGAUCUUGCGGGUGCCGAAAUUCUCCGCUCAGAGUAUCCCGGUUAUACUCUUGAACCCGAAACCGAUUCUGCUAACGAGGGCUUAUUGACCCUUUUAAAUCUAAUCCAAGAACUCGCCGCCUCUGGUUCUACCGAUAAAUACAGACAUAACAACCUAACAUGGUUACUCAAAAACGAAUUGGGUGGUCACACCCAAACAUGCAUUCUGGCUACCGCUUCAACCGCCUUUGCUCAUCAGGAAGACACUCUGAUUACUCUUCAGCAUAGCACUAUCGCCAGAUUCAUUACUAAUUCCGUGCGCCAGAAUGCGCCCAUUGAUCGCGAUAACUACAUCAAUGGCGUGCAAAAUACCGUCGAAAACCUGAAAGCAAAACUCAAGGAUUAUCAAAAACAGAACGGAGUUCAGAUGUCGCAAGAAUUCUUCCAUGGUUGGAACCACCAAACAAAUCAGCUCAACGACACACUCCGACGCACCGAUAACAAUUUGCAUAAAACCAGGCAACAAGUCCACAAAGACAUACAAGAAUUGCGAGCUAAAAUAGCCGCAACCCGACCGAUAAAGGAAAUGGCUUCUCUCCGAGGCCAGUUGGCGAAUUCUACUAGGAAAAUGCAUCGCACUAAAGCCAGAGUGGACCGAUUGACACGAUUGGCUCAAUGUCAACGUCAGCUUUUCGACGAGCAAGACUCGUAUUUCGGAGAAAGGAUUGUCGCACGGGAAAAUAUCAUCAGAGAAAAGGAUGGUCGGAUCGCGGCUCUACAAAAAGAAUACGACCAGAAGAAUAAUGAAGUAGACUACCAGAAGUGCUUAGCUGAAAGAGCCCAAAAUCAUUACGAAGCUUAUAUGGAACGCCUCCAGGAACAGAGAACGAACCAGGAAGAACAGAUGCGUAUGCAAGCCGCUGAAAUUGAAAUGCUGAAUAUCAUCGCUGCUACACAACAAAGAUACUUGGGAAGAUUUCCGCAUACCAGCGAUGCCACAUACGCCCGCUUUUGCGCGAGCUAUCAUACCGAGAACCUACGAAUGACUGGUGCCCAAAUGGCCGAAGUGUCAAAUAAUAUAAUGCAAAAAGAUCUUUCUAUCAGAUUAUACAGCGACUUGGCGGAAUUAGUAAACAAGAAGAACCCUGAUCUUGUGGACAAGAUUAACUGGAUGAAAAAGCAUAUUUACGGAAGCGACGCCCCUAUGAAGACUGGUGGAACCAGCCAAACAACACGACGAUCGUCGAGCGAUACUGUAUUGGGUGAUGCGUCCAAUCGAACUACCGGCAAAAGAAAACGAGAAACCGAGUCUGACGAGAACUGGGAUACAGAAUGGUCAGAUGCACAGGCAUACAAUGACUAUGAAAUGGAUUAUGUGGAAGAACCUCCAGGUGAACCUUCCGAAAAUCGGCCACCAUGGCACAAAAGACAAAGACGUAUGUGAUUUUUCAUGUCUCCAUUCCGGUUGCCUUGUAUGGCGCAAUUUUUCUCCUGAAGAAUUGAAUGUACCCGCGUUAAUGUAAAGAACGAAUGGAACUUGCUACCUGAUGUAAAUCUCUUGUCAUCUUAUGAACGAAAACCGGGUGCGGUUACACCGACACACUGAGCUGUCAAUGAACAAUGUAUUGAUAAAAUACACCUAAGCUUUUACUUUUGACGGCGUCAAAGAAAUGAAAUAAACGUGAAAGAAAACAG